AUGCUCGGCAAAAUAUUGGCCUGUGGGAAUGGCACCGAAGUAGUUGACACAAAACUAUUGGUGCAUUGUAUAAACAAAACCUCAGCAGACGACAUCUUGGCAGCUCAAGAGGCUAUGUCGUGGCAUCGGAGGGACAGGGCACGCUAUGAACUGAUGUUUGGGGCAGUGGUGGAUGACGAUCUCUUUACACAUCAUCCCGAGGAAUUACUAAAUGACAAAACGUCUGCCUCAUUCCAGCUUUUCCGAUCUGUAGAUUUUCUCGCAGGCGGGACAGACAAGGAGGGAUCCAUGUUCUACGACAUUUUCUCUGGAAUGUUGUCGGAAAUGUUCAAUAUUAGCCCUGCGGGUGGCUUUCCAGCAGAAAUUGUGUGUGAAUUCUUGAUCCCUGGUUUAGUAAAAGAUUUGUUUCCAAAUUGUUUGCAUAAACGGGUUCUAGAGCAAGCAAUUUGUCAUAAGUAUCAUGGAAAUGAUGACCGUUCGCGUGCAAGUAAAAUGCUUGAUUUAUACGGGGAUGUCUUGUUCAUCAUUCCUGUUGUCAAAUGGCUUGGUGCACACUCCAAGGAAAAUUCAAUGACGUCUAGCUACCAAUACAUAUUUUCACGACAUUAUACUUCCAAGAUGGACUCAACAUUACCUGAAUGGUUCCAUGGCACCCCUCACACGGCCGAAAAACCACUCCUGUUCCAAGGGAUCCAUGAACCCAACAACGUUUUGAAUGGUAUAGAAGAUUUAACACUAUCUAAGAAGAUUAUAACAUUUUGGACUAACUUCGCAAAAUACGGGUGA